AUGACAAACAAUGAACAUAAAUCAGAAUUAGUCUCCCUAUUGACAGACCUAAUGACAGAAAUAGAUCUGAAGCCAUUACAUCCGAAAAAGAAGAUUCUCCUCUACAGUCGCUGCCGUUCUUUCAAAACUCUCACGGCAUUUCACUAUAACAUCAAUUCAACGUGGAUUUCUGAAAACCUGGACUCAGUUUUCAAACAAUACAUUCGUAAAUGGCUUGAGGUACCUAUUUCUGGAUCACUUAGUAACAUUUACCUAACCAGUAACAAAUUUGGUCUGAACAUUAUCCCCCCAUCAACUAAAUUCAUGCAAUGUCAAACAACUAUCCGCAGUGCUCUGAAGUCAUCUCCUAAUGAAUCAAUAACCCACCUCUGGAAAUCGACCUGUAAUCAUACUAACACCCAAUAUGAUCAGUAUACAUCGACAAAAGAAGUAAUCAAGUCAUUCCGUGAAGUUCAUGAAGAUAAAUUGGAAAAUCGGUUAAAAUGUCAAGGUUCAUUCUUCUCCAGCAUCUCAAAAUUUUCACUACCCCAAGUAAAUUCGAUUUGGCCAACCUGUCAAUCCAAACUACCAAAAAACAUUUUCAACUUCACUAUUCGCUACAUAAACAAAUCGCUACCAACCCAUAAAAACCUUAAAAAAUGGGGACUCUCAUCCUCUGAGUGCUCGUUUUGCCUUAAACCUGAAUCUCUGUUACACGUUGUUGCUGGCUGUAGUUCCCAUCUUGAUCGAUUUACUUGGAGACACGACUCAAUCCUAAAUUUUAUUGCUAAUAACCUCCCAUCAGAACAUAUUCAGACCAUUUAUGCUGACUUACCAUCAUUCCCUAAUCCCUAUAUUAUUACUGGUGAUGACCAUCGUCCUGACCAACUAACCGUUGGAUAUGAGACAAACCUGAGGAAUAAUAUACAGCGCAAAUAUUCAAAAUAUAAAGAGAUGAUCGUAGGACAAAAGAAAAAAUUCCGGCCGGUAAAGUUCAUUAACCUCUCAAUCAGUGCACUCGGCAGGGGUGGAAAAAAUAGGCCAGCACGCGAGCGGUGCUCGCAGGAAAGUUUUCACCAGUCGCAGGAAAUUUUUACUCAGGCUACGUGUUGUAAGAUUUGUAAUUUGAAAUUUUGAAGAAAGACCCAUCACACUAGGAGCUUGAUUUGCCUUUAGAAAUUCGCUGGCAGAUAGCAAGUUUAACAGAUUUUUGGCUGAUAGCUUUAAUUUUUCAGCUACGCCUACGGAUUUAGUUAUUGUAUCUCUCGCCUCAACAACGUUUCAAAAGAUGUUUAAUGUUUAUGCGAAACUUUAA